AUGUCGCAACAUGCCGAGGACGAGGAAAACAAAAGGAUAAAAGUGCAAAUAAGGGAAAAAGAUUUGCUCUGCAUUAAUGGUUGCGGGUUUUACGGCACACCACAAUGGGAGAAUCGAUGCUCGAAAUGUUGGCGAGCUCAUCAAGUGGUCCUGAAAAGAAAUCAAGAUUUCGCCAAGAAUAAAACAUUAUUGAGUUUCGAUCAGUUUCAAGAACGCCGAAAAUCGACGAACGAGAGCCGCUCAUUGAGCAUCAAGAAAAUUUUCAAAUCGCCGCUCACCACUGAUAGUUUGCCACAAUCGCCGACGUCUCCGAUCGCGACGCCAUCAAGAAAGCGCGAACUAUCGCCGGAUUCGCGAGCGGCACGAGAGCGCCUUACCGAUUUUCUUGUCACGAAUCUGCCGACGGCGAUUGUGCAAGAGGUGACGCGACAGGUGAAGCACGCGGCGAAUAAGAUUUUCGAGCUUCGAAUCGCUCCCGAUGAUUUGUCGGAACUCGUCCAGGGAUUCUAUCAGUAUCUUACUGACAAAUUGAACGCCUCGCCGUUUUUCACGCAAAAAAAAUGCCCGGUUAGCGUUCAAGAUGUUAUGGAAGAAGUGGAGAAGUUCAUUUGCACUAGCUGCUAUUCGAAGUUGUUUUGUGCCAGUUCGGAUGAGGAAGUUGCUGAUGUUUCCCUACAAGACCGCAUACGAUCCCUGCAUUGGGUUACGGCUGGAUUCUUGGAGACAAAACUGGAUUUCAAGAAGCAAACGGUUCGAAACAAAUUGGAUGAAGCCAUUGGAGAAAUGAUCGAAGUGAACUCGAAACGAUCGACAUCGGAAAAACUCGAAUGUCUCGUCCGCUGCUCGCACUUCAUUUUUGAAGCACUUAGCGAAAGCGGAGCACCGACGUCGGCCGACGAAUUCUUGCCGAUUAUGAUAUUUGUGCUUUUGCGCGGAAAUCCGCCGUUGAUUCAAUCAAAUGUCAAAUUUAUUAGUCGUUUUGCACUUCCGACGCGGGUGAUGAGCGGAGAAUCGGCUUAUUUCUUCACAAACCUCUCGUGUGCACUUCAAUUCGUUCAGGAUAUGAAUCAUGAAAGCUUGAAAAUGGACAAGUGUGAGUUUGAGGCGUAUACAUCUGGUCAAUUGGCACCGCCUCUCUCUGUUGUCAAUUGUGUCUGCAAUCAAGCAAUUUUCACAUUGGAAGGAGCCAUGGAUAAUAUUAAUUUUUUGAUCGAAAAACAAAACGCACUGCUCACUAAAAUUCAGGUGUUGGACAACCGAAUUGAAACAGAAUGCGCUGAAUUAACAACACAAUUCAAGCAGAAGCUCGACGCAUUCCCUGGUGAAAAGUAUCGAGAUCUAAGAGCCAAAAUAAUUAAAGAAGAGAAACUAACGGCCGAAGCGUUUGGCAAUGCAUUUUCACGCCAAUCGUCUGAUUCCGGUCGCGGCACAUUAACAGUGUCCGGUAGUGUUCCGAACAGCCCUCAACCGCAGCCGGAAACCGCUGAGCCACCCCUCAACUGA